AUGGAUAGCAAGGACACGCGAUCGAGGUUCGUAAUCGAAGUUGCUCCCUUCGCUAGUGAAAUAGGCCCAGGCCUCCCGCUCAACAACUCCACCCACGGCGAGCAAUUCCUCGUCACCAACCUCUCCAUCCGGUUCGCUCCUUCCUCUCAAGCAAACCAGCCUCAGUUCUUCAACGUCUCUCGUAAUAGACUCUCCGGCCCGAUUCCCGUCACGCCUGCUUUGGUCCGAUUCAACGACAACUCGUUCUCCGGCAAUGGCGAUCUCUGCGGCGACCAGAUUGGGAAGCGAUGCUUGGGAUUGAGAGCAGCAAAAGCAGAGAGAGGCAUGGAAAAGAGAGUGAAAAGAAGGGAAGAAAGAAAGAAAGAUAUAGAUAGAUAG